CCCCUGGCAGUGGGAGCUGUGCAUUCUGCAGGCGGCCUUGGGGUGCAGCUGAGUGUGGACAUGGGACCUCAAGCCGCGCGUCUCCUGGCAGCGCUCCUCGUCCUGGGGCUGUGUGCCCUGGCCAUGGCCCAGAAACCCUCCCCCUGCCGGUGCUCGCGCAUCGAACCCAAUGAGAGGGACAACUGUGGCUUCCCGGGCAUCACAAGUGACCAGUGCUUUGCCUCUGGCUGCUGCUUCAACUCCAGCAUCCGCGGGGUUCCCUGGUGUUUCACGCCCCUCCCGAAGCAAGAGUUGGAAGAGUGUGUCAUGGAGGUCUCAGACCGCGAGAACUGUGGCUACCCGGGCAUCAGUCCUGAAGAAUGCGCAUCUCGGAAGUGCUGCUUUUCCGAUGACAUCACUCAAGUGCCCUGGUGUUUCUUCCCUAUCUCUGUGGAAGACUGUCACUAUUAAGAGGCAGUGGCUUCAGAGGACCCGCCAGGCUCCCUGGAUGUUCUGAAACAAACGAAGAAUUCUCACCAUCGCAUCAGUUUCAUAUUUCAUGUUUCCUGAAUCCCUGGGUUUUCUUAAUCUGCUUUUUAUCCUUUUCAAGGGAUACGAUUCAAUACAUAUGAUUUCUUCAAAUAAAGAAAACCCUUAAAAUCUGCUAAA